AAAAACGAAUACGAGUAGGAAUAGAAUAAUAAUAAUAAUAAUAUAAGAUAUUGCGUGGUUCCUUUCUUCUUGAGAAAACUCUUUUGUCUUCCCAGAAGUUGGAUCCACGAACCCUAAAUUCCCGAAAAUCAAAAUUGAGGUCUUGAAUUUGCAUAUCCUGCAUCAAAAAUACAAAAAUCAAAUUCGGAAAUCAAAAUCAAUUGGUGUAUUAGUUGUAAUUGAAUAGCUGAAUCGAAGAAAAAAGCGAUGGACGAUAGUUGUGCUGUUUGUGCCGAUAACCUAGAAUGGGUUGCUUAUGGUUCUUGUGGUCAUCGAGAGGUAUGCUCCACCUGCGUUGCUCGUCUUCGCUUUAUUUGCGAUGAUCGUCGCUGCUGUAUUUGCAAAUCAGACUGUCAUGUCGUUUUUGUUACCAAGGCACUUGGGGAUUAUACUAAAACGGUGAAUGACUUUUCCACCUUUCCGUCGGAAGUAAAAGAGGGGAAGGUGGGUUCUUAUUGGUAUCAUGAGGAUACUCAAACCUUUUUCGACGAUUCGGAACACUACAAGAUGAUCAGAGCUAUGUGCAGGCUGUCAUGUACUACGUGUGAUCAUGAGGAACAACCUAGGCGCAACAGAUUCAGGAACAUUUCACAGCUUAAGGGUCAUUUAGCUUAUCAACAUCGACUCUUUAUGUGUGAUCUCUGCUUAGAAGGCAGAAAGGUAUUUAUUCGCGAGCAAAAGCUCUAUACUCGAUCACAAUUGAAUCAACAUAAGAGAUCUGGUGACUCUGAGGUUGAUGGAACUGAAAGUGAAAGGGGAGGGUUUGCAGGCCAUCCUAUGUGUGAAUUUUGUCGAUCUUUCUUCUAUGGAGAAAAUGAACUUUAUUCUCAUAUGUCUACUGAACACUAUACCUGUCAUAUUUGUCAAAGGUGGCAUCCUGGCCGAUAUGAUUAUUUUAAGGAUUAUGAUGACUUGGAGACACACUUCCGUCACGAGCACUUCUUGUGUGAAGAUGAAGCAUGCCUAGCAAAAAAGUUCAUCGUAUUCCAGUCAGAAUCCGAUAUAAAGAGACAUAAUGCUAUAGAACAUGGAGGACGCAUGUCUAGAUCGCAGCGUAAUGCUGUUCUCCAGAUACCAACUAGUUUUAGAUAUCGAAGCAGCAAUGAGGCGGGACAUCACCGUGGACGGAGACUAUCUUUUCGCCGUGAAUCUUCCCCAGACCAUCAGCUUAGUCGGGCUAUUGAAGCCAGUCUUGGCAGAGGGGAUGCCAGUAAUACGGGGGCUGGUCAAACAGCGUCAUCUGCUGCUGAACCUUUAGCUCAUGGUGGUGCUGAAUCAAGCGACAUUGAUCCCCUUGUGCAGCCGUUCGAGUCAUUAACCACUACUGAUCCUGAACUAUCUUCAAGGUAUCGUCAGGCUGUGUCUCAAACCUCUCUCAGUGGGCCAUUAAGAGAAUCUUCCUUCCCUCCAUUAUCAACUGCAGCCAGCAGCAGCGAACAAAAAUCUCAACAAGAAACCCAUGAUACAAUGGCAGCUCGCCUACGACGUCGAAACAACACCACUGUUCUAAAUGUUGCCCAUGCUAGGCCCGCUAGAAGUCGUGGGUCUGCUCCAGGUACUUCAGCUGCUUGGCCUGCUCCUGCUCCUGCUCCGGCUCCCGUUCCAGUACCUGUCCCGUCUUCUGGUUCUGGUCAAAUCAAGCCAGCAACUGCCAGUGGUUCUGGGUCAUCUAGUUAUGCUACUUCUUUGCAUGGACGGCCAGCGACUGGAUCUGGAAUCUCUGUAGGUGGGUCAUGGGGUUCCAGAAAUUUGGGGAGUAGUAAUAGGUUGAACCAUUCAAACUCUGCUCCUAAUCUUGUUGAAAGUAGAUCCUUUGAUCCAGCUUCUGAUUUCCCACCAGUGUCUUCAGCAAAAUCCAAUAGGUUACAAUCUAAUGGCCAAACCAAGAAGACAGAAAAUGUUCAAACUGCGAAUAAGUCUUUGGUAGAGAGGAUGCGUUCUGCACUUGAGUAUGAUGAAAACAAAUAUAGUGCUUUUAAGGAGAUAUCGCAAGAGUAUCGCCAGGGAAUAGUUGGCACGUGGGAAUAUCUAGAAUAUGUGAAGCAGUUUAACUUGACACACCUUGUUCUUGACUUGGCAAGAUUAUGCCCUGAUAUUCAGAAGCAAAAGGAGCUCAUUGAGGCCUAUAAUGCUUCUUGUCUGAGUAAUGGAGCACAAGAGACAUUCUGGGGCAGUGACAACUCUUAUUCUAAAGGAAGCAGUAGCUCAAGGAAGGACAAAGGGAAGAAGGUGAUAGUGGCUGAGAACAGCCGAUCAAAGGAAGCAUUAGCAGAUAGCGUCAUCAGUACAGUGAAGAGUUUGCAGUCUCAGCUCAAGCCUUCUGAUGGAGUGGUGGAGGUCUUGGAGAAGGAUGGGUAUCGUCAUGGUAGAGGAAAAUCAGCUGUGGCAGCAGGUGAAAUGACAGUUGAAUUGCGUGGCAGUAGCCAGCACCCUCCUGCACAAGUGACCACAGUUGAUAACACUAAAGUAGAUGGUGGAAACAAGCACAAAAAGAAGACCUCAAAAUUUCAUAGAAUUCGCCUUGGUGAUGGCUCUGGUGCAGCAGUUUUAGAUGUUAGGAAUUCAUCGACUGAUCCUAGUUCAGCGGUCUCUUCAGGUUGGCCGAAGCCAUCUGGAGGUUCAUCUUCACGCAGUGUUUGGGGUAAUGGAGCUAGUCAAAAACUAUUCGCAAAAUGAUUAUUGUUUUGGCUCAACUUUCGGGAACUUCAAAAAAUAUCAAGACAGGUGUUUUAUGCACUGAUCAUUUGCUUGGAAGUAGUAUGGCCUCUUGUGCAACAUGUUGCGUUAAGGUUAUGAAGAUCCAAUUUGCCUUUGUUUGAGUUCAAAACGAGCUCAUGAAGAAUUUUCAUGAUAAAUGAAAAUUUACACAUAAAUUUAUACUUUCGAGUACAGGAUUAUAUCUUGGUGGGGCUAUUUUUGUUGAUUGUGGCUUAUAUUUUUGUUGAUCGUAGAAGAUUUGUCUUGUUCAAUUUGGUAAAUUUCAUGUGGAGCGCGUACAGUAUCUCUUUGUA